GGAUGAAUGCGUGCUCUGGCAAGUCCGUCUGGCCGUCUGCUAUGUGCUUGCUGCCGGCAGACCAUUGGUCUGCUACGAUCCAGUCAAGCAGCCAGUUCUGGACUCUCACAGCGAUCGGUGAAAAGGACGAUUUCGAGUUCUGCUCAGUCGUCAGCGUCAGCUCUGCCCGACAUUGCCGUGCCGGCAUCAGAUCCCAUCGACAGCAUAGACUAUCAUAGUUCAAACACUUAUCUGCGUGGUCAGGUGCCCUUUGAGUCUCGCAUCUAUUCGCCCUUUGGCGUACGCCGUUCGCCGCCGAAUUAUGUCGUCUUGCCAUCGCCGAAGCCGCCCAGAGACGGCGGAUCAUCGCUCGUCCUGACUACGGACAUAAAGCCGGAGAGGAAGCCUCACGUCUCUGAAGCUGACCAGGUGACGCUCCUGAGCGUCUGCCUCGACUCUGACUUUGUCGAGCGAGCCACCUUGAUCUGGAAAGGCAUCCUGGCAAAAUAUCCGCGACCAAGGACUGGCGCCAGGCAUACCGGGAGGCGACAUGAAGUACGGCGGCUGGUACCGCCUCAUAUUCAUACAAGCUUCUUGGCAGCGUACUGGCGGCGGGCAAUAAGCGCUCCAACAGACAAGCAAGACUAUGCGCAGCUCGCUCUUCAGCAUUUGUUAGCUAUGAUAGACGACCGAACAACCUAUGGAUCCGUAGAGCGCUCUGCUUUUGCAACGAUGCUCAAGGGCGCAACGGCCCAUCAGCUCGCACAAAAUGAAGCGCAAGCUCCCGAACGAGCGCCAUACGACAACACAGCAUUGCUGGUCCAGAUCAUGAAGAUCGCUCUCGCUUCCGAUUAUAGCCUCUCUGACAUUCUUGCGGAUCCACUCUUUCGUCUCAAAGCAUCUGCCUCGCUUGGAAACGUCACUGCCGCAUCAGUCUACGAAGCGUGUCUCAGUGCAGCGACCGAAUUGCAAGAUACCGAGAUCCUCGAUCAUCUGCAAGAUCCUCGAGCACUCGAGCCUGUCAAUUCCGCUAUGGAUUCCGGUACGAUCAGCGAGACCAGCGAGCAGGCUCGUAUGCCUCCUGCAGAGUUGUUGCACCCGGUCAGACCGUACGCGCAAACGACGGGCGAUGAGCUCGAGUCCCACUUCCGGAUAGACGUGUUGCGAGAGCAACUCAAAGCUGUCGAAAGCGAAGCUUAUCAUUCCAUCGACCUAUAUGAGCGACAAAGGCAACUCGAAGAUUCCGCUAUGCAGGCCGCGGUCGUGCAAUUCCAGACCGAGCGAGAGAAGAUGAACACUGAAGUUGCCCAGCGCGUUUCGAUGCAGCAAAGAUCACUUCAAUCACUCAUGACGGGUUGGAUCGAGGAGCUCACCGUCGUGUUGACACGAGUGCAAGAGCAGAUGAGGCUGCUGAUAGAUUCUGAUGCUGUCACAACGAAAGAAACGGUCAUCGAGGGAUGCAAAAUCUUCGCGACCGAUAGAGCUGCGGAUGAUAUCUAUUUCUUACUCUUACCGCCCGACAAACUUGCCUACUUGACUGUCUCGGUUCUGCUCUCGCAUAACACGCCUGGUGCAGCAAUGCAGAAAGUCACCCGCUGCGUCAUGGCGAUUGGCAAAGCAGUCGAAGUCGAGCAUUAUGCAAUGAAGCUGCAAGAGUCACAUCGGCUGGAAUUGGCCGAUGCUCUACAUGCUGUCAGAGAAGCGGAAGCCGCAAAUGGCGUCACCGAGUCUCGUGUCGUCGCACGCAUCUGGCGAGACGUCAGAGCAAGACAAGGCGAUUCGUCUAGAGAGGUCUUCUGGUCUCAUCAGACCCGAGCCCGCAUCGGCGCUAUGUGUUUGCACUUCCUGUGCGAGACUGCAAAGAUCCAGCGGAGUGCUGUCAUCGAUGGGCAGGAGAUCAUCGAAAUACAGCCAGCGUUUGUACAGACUUACCAGUUCAGUGCAGGUCAGAAGAUAGGGAUCAUCAAAUUCAAUGCUGCCGUGACUGAACGGCUAGACAAAGACUCGAUGCUUUCUACGCUCACUCCUCGCUACUUGCCCAUGCUUGUUCCCCCGAGACCUUGGACAGCACACAAUAAGGGUGCUUACCUGAUGCAUCCCGUAUCGGUCCUUCGCAUCAAAGACUCGAUGGAGCAAACCGCUUACCUCAAGCAAGCGUCCGAUAGCGGGCAACUUGAUGAAGCCUUUGCCAGCCUUGACUAUCUUGGCAGUACAGCUUGGAACGUCAAUCGAGACGUCUUCGGCGUCAUUGCAAGCGCCUGGAAUAGUGGUCUCACGAUCGGCGGUAUACCCGUUGCAGACCCACUCAACGCGAUCAAAGAUCCAGAGCCUCCUGCAGGAGGGUUCACCUCGCCUAGGCAACAAGAUACGCAUCGCGCUGAAGUCAAAGCGGCGGAGAUGCAAAGACGCCAACAUUACUCAAUUCGCUGCGAUCUCAACUACAAGCUCGAAAUUGCGAGAGCUUACCUCAAUGAGCGCUUCUACUUUCCGCAUAACAUGGACUUCCGUGGUAGAGCGUAUCCCAUACCGCCUAAUCUGUCGCAUAUCGGCGAUGACUUGUGCCGUGGUCUCCUUACCUUUGCGGAACGGAAGAGGCUUGGCGCGACUGGUUUACGCUGGCUUCAUGUGCAUUUGGCGAACAUGUUUGGGUUCGACAAAGCCAGUCUUGCAGCAAGAGAACAAUUCGCAAAGGACCAUCUUACAGACAUCUUUGACUCUGCCGAUAAGCCUCUAGAUGGCGCGAGAUGGUGGCUCAAAGCAGAAGAGCCAUGGCAGUGCCUGGCGACGUGCUUUGAGUUGAGCAAAGCCUUACGCUCGCCGGUGCCUGAGGACUAUCGCAGCUCUUUGCCCGUGCAACAAGAUGGAUCCUGCAAUGGUCUGCAGCACUACGCAGCGCUAGGAGGCGACAUGGCAGGUGCCGGGCAAGUCAACCUCAUCGCUGGUGAUGCACCCUCGGAUGUCUACACCGGCGUCUGCAAUCUUGUGAUUGGAGCAGUCGAGCAAGACGCAGCCAACAAGAACGAGUUAGCCCUGCAUCUCAAAGGCAAGAUCACGCGCAAAGUCAUCAAGCAGACGGUCAUGACGACUGUCUAUGGUGUCACCUACAUCGGUGCUAGUCGACAGAUCGAACGUCAGCUCAAGGAUCGCGGCGAUGUCGAUGCCGAGGUCCGCCACAAGUGCGCAUUGUACCUUACAGAGAAGACGCUACAAUCGAUCGGUACACUCUUUGCCGGCGCUGCUGCUAUCCAGCUCUGGCUCACAACAUGCGGCCGUCUGAUUUCGAAGUCCAUUCCAGGCGAUCGACAUGAGCUCGUCAAGGCAACUCAAAGCAAGUCUGAGCAGAAUAAACUGAAGAAGAAGCAGUCGUCCAAGGACAUGCUAGCUAGAGAACAGAUGACGACGGUCGUUUGGACUACACCGAUCGGUCUGCCGGUUGCGCAACCUUACCGGAAGCAGCAACGCAAACAGGUGAAGACGGUCGUUCAGACCGUCUUCAUCUCAGAUCCACAAACGCCUACCCAAGUCGACUCUCGUCAGCAGACAUCAGCCUUUCCUCCCAAUUUCAUCCACAGUCUGGAUGCGAGCCACCUCAUGCUUACCGCUGGACGGUGCAAACGUCGCGGUCUCACAUUCGCAUCGGUUCACGAUUCUUUCUGGACGCACGCUGCGGAUGUCGACGUGAUGGCAACCGAGCUGAGAGCAGCCUUUGUCGAUCUACACGCUCAGGAUAUCCUCGAAUCCUUGCGCCGGGAGUUUUUACUGCGAUAUGAGGGUCAUGUGGUACCCAUGGGAAGCGCGAGCAAAGGUACAAGCCAGGCGAAAGCGAGUUCUGGCUCUGCCUCGGAGGCUGUCAAGCUGGUCGAACUGGCCCAAGCGCUGGACACGCUCGACGACGGACCGCUCGAUCAAAGAGCGCAAGAAGACCCGGGAUCGAUCACCGAUAGCGAGAUGAGCGAGGACGAAGCAACGACGAGAGAACGCGUGACAGAUGCGAUCGAUACGCUGACGAGCACACGGGAAUUGAAGGAACAGUCGCAGACGGCGCUCUCGCGGAAGGUAGCCUUACGUCCGCUCAUCGAUAUACUUCCUGCUGUGCCUGCACGGGGUGAUUUCGACGUUCGCUCGGUCAAGCUAAGCCAGUAUUUCUUUUCGUAG